CUUCCCCAAACGCUGCUUCAUCUGACGGCGCUCCGACCCCCACUGCGGGGGAGUGGUACGGUCCCUUUGCAGGGUGGGGGAGCCGGAUGGCAGAGCAGCACAGAUUCCGUCUACGGCGGAGCAGGGUAUGGGAAACGGGCGAGAAGCAUGACUCCUGACCGCCCUGUGAUGGUUUCCACCCGGAGGGAAUAAAGUGACCGCCUCCGGAUCGGAGGAGCUUCAUCCCGGAGCAGCGAGCUCAGGAAGUCUGGAUUUGGUUUCUUUUGUUUCCCUGAAGGCAGCUCUGCUGUUUCUGCGUGGAUUAACGUGCUGAUGAUUACCUCAGAUCGUGACUUUGUUUGAUGUUCGGCUGAUUUUUGAAAACUGCGGCGGAGUUUGGGGCUCGGCUCAUCCCAGCAGACUCUGCUGGGCUUCCACACCCAGGAACUGGACUAUCGCGAGCGGCAGACUGUUUUUUUCACGAGGUUCGUGACCGUGGAAGCGAGGGGAACUCUUUCCACGCUGGUAGCAACAACUUGCAUCGGAUUGGGUUUUGUUUACAUGGGUUUAUGCAAGCGUCGCUCACAGAGAACAUCCGGGGAUCGCUUCAGCAGCGGGGUUUGUGCUCCCGGCGCAGGGUUUGAAUGUGUGAAUGAAAGCUGAGUGAGUGGACACCCACCCACACACCCACACGGAGCUUCGUGGAUUCAUUUGGGUCUUCGGAUUAAUCCAAGCAAGCAGUCUCCCAGAAAGUCCCAGUAUCAGAGCUAUUUUUAGUGUUAGGGAUGGGGUAAAAGCAGGCAGCAGGAAAUCUGACUCCCCCCUUACCCUUUUCUUUUCCAAAAGCUAUUGCACUUGCCCACUCAGCCCGUUUGGCAAAAUGCAGGGCAAGCCUGGAUAGCACCAACACAACCUAGAGCUAAAGAACCUAGAAUCUUCAAAGAGGAGUAAAAAAAGAUUGAUCCCAUCUGGUCUUUUUUUCAUUUUUUUUCUGGAAACCAUACUGACCAUGUAGCCUUAGAAAUUCAAAGGAUCUUCUCCUUUAGGCUCAGUGGACUCAGUAAACCUGCUCUGGAUUGGGAAUCUACCCUGGACUGAGUGAACAUAUCAGCAACUAGAAUCUAUGCCUUUAUUUAUUGUUUGGUCAAACUUUUACCACCCUAAAAAGGUUGCUUUUUUAUUCUUUUGACUAUCUAAAAGAUAAGACACCAGCGACAUGGAAGCUCCCACCCACAGACAGAAUGCAUGAAACUGCCAAGUUCACCACAAAAAGCUAAACUUACAAGCCAAAUAUUUUAUUUCCCUAUAGUUCCCAAAUCCACAGAGAAACAAUAUAUAUGUAGAGUGAGAGAUCUAUAUCUAUAGUGUAAAUCCACAUAAAACAGAGAUUACAUCUUUUAUAUUUUUACUUCAGAGAGACAAGCUGCCUGUACACCUGUUGGUUGCCUUAGAAAGACGUCACACACAAACUGGGAGAGGGAGAAAGAGAAGAAGGUGCCUUUGGACUGGUCGGAUCGUUUCCCACCGUUUCAGACUUGAAAUGUUUAGUUGGAUGUAAAGUGUUGAAGUGAACUCUGGGCUUGGAAACCUUCCUCCACCCCACACCCCCCACAAGCUCUGCCCCUCCGUCAGAGCAUUUCCAUUGACACUAUUUCUCGUCUGGACCGAACCUUUGCCAAGCUCUCCCAUGGUUGUCACGUCAUCAUCAGUGGACGACAAGACUGUACCUUCUUGCAGGAUGGUCCAAUCGGAGCCUUGGAUCACUUCAGCUCUGCUUCGUAAAAACAAAAGUGCAAGCAGCUCAGGAUGUCCACCCACCUCCUCCUCCUCCUCCUCCACCUCCUCCUCCUCCUCCACUGCCCAGGGCUUCUCCCUCGCUGAGCCAGCCAUGACCAGCCAGCACACACACACACACCCCUCCUUCAGCUCCAUCCACUCCAUGGCCGAGCAGCAGCAGGUGCUGUCUGAUAUGACCAUACUCCAGCGGAGGAUCCCCCCUAGUUUCAGAGACCCUGCCAGCGCCCCAUUGAGGAAACUCUCAGUUGACCUUAUCAAAACUUACAAGCACAUCAAUGAGGUAUACUAUACGAAGAAGAAGCGGCGGGCCCAGCAAGUCCCUCCUGAGGAUAGCAGCACGAAAAAGGAGAAAAAAGUUUACAAUGACGGCUAUGAUGACGACAAUUACGAUUACAUAGUGAAAAACGGAGAGAAGUGGCUGGACCGCUAUGAGAUCGACUCACUGAUUGGGAAGGGCUCCUUUGGACAGGUAGUGAAGGCCUACGACCACCACGAGCAGGAGUGGGUCGCCAUUAAAAUCAUCAAGAACAAGAAGGCAUUUCUAAACCAGGCACAGAUUGAACUACGCCUGCUGGAGCUCAUGAACAAGCAUGACACGGAGAUGAAAUAUUACAUUGUCCACCUGAAGCGUCACUUUAUGUUUAGGAACCAUCUGUGUUUGGUGUUUGAGUUGUUGAGCUACAACCUGUAUGAUCUCCUGCGGAACACCAACUUCAGAGGAGUUUCUCUCAACCUCACCAGGAAAUUUGCACAGCAGCUCUGCACAGCAUUGUUAUUCCUGGCAACUCCAGAGCUGUCAAUCAUCCACUGCGACCUGAAACCAGAGAAUAUCCUUCUGUGUAACCCCAAAAGAUCUGCAAUCAAAAUAGUCGACUUUGGAUCCUCCUGUCAGCUGGGACAGAGGAUCUAUCAGUACAUACAGAGCAGGUUUUACCGCUCUCCUGAGGUCCUUCUGGGAAUGCCGUAUGACCUGGCUAUCGACAUGUGGUCUCUGGGAUGCAUCCUGGUAGAGAUGCACACAGGAGAGCCUCUCUUCAGCGGCUCCAACGAGGUCGACCAGAUGAACAAGAUUGUGGAGGUCUUGGGGGUCCCACCCAGCCACAUGCUGGAUGCAGCUCCUAAAGCCAGGAAGUACUUUGACAAGCUGUCAGAUGGCUUAUGGACCGUGAAGAAGAACAAGGAUGUCAAGAAGGAAUAUAAACCUCCAGCUACACGUCGUCUUCAUGAGAUUUUAGGUGUAGAGACUGGAGGCCCAGGAGGGCGGAGGGCAGGAGAGCCAGGACACGCCCCCUGCGACUACCUGAAGUUUAAAGAUCUGAUCUUGCGCAUGCUGGACUACGACCCUAAAAGCCGAAUUACGCCAUUUUACGCCCUGCAGCACAAUUUCUUCAAGAAAACGACAGAUGAAGGAACCAACACGAGCUCAUCUACAUCCACCUCUCCUGCCAUGGACCACUCGCAUUCAACCUCCACUACUAGCUCUGUUUCUAGCUCUGGUGGCUCCAGUGGUUCUUCCAAUGACAACCGUAACUACCGUUACAGCAACCGCUACUACAACUCUGCUGUCACCCACUCAGACUAUGAGAUGACCAGUCCUCAGGCUCCCUCCCAGCAGCAGAUGAGGAUGUGGCCGGGCAGUGAUGGUGGAAGUGGGGGUCAGGACCCAGCAUACACCCAGUUGCUGCUCCACAAACCAGCUGCCACCCAACAACACCAGCGCCACUUUUUGGACCCUCCCCACCACCCGCACCCGACUUACUCUCACCACGGAAACGGUGGGCGGGGACUACGGCAGGGCGGACAGACAGGCAUGGGUGGAGGCGGGGGUCAGCAGGGAUCCUCUCCCCAGAUGAGUGACAGCAUGGAUGUGGGCGUGUCCCUAGGGCUGCACCACCUGGGGGCGGUGUCUUCCAUGGAGGCCUCUCAGUUUGGCUCUGCAUCUCUGCCCCUCACUCUGCCAAUCGGACUGUCUGCCUUCCGGACUCGGACGGCCCCCACCGCCCCAGGGCCUCAAGCCCCGCCCUCAGAGGACUACUACCCUGCCUCCAACAACAAUAACCCUGCUGCAGGGGGCAGAGGGAGGCCGGACUCAGACGAAGGGCCGGCCAACUCUUGAUAAAACCUGAACCAUGCCCUAAAGCCAUACAAUUUUAACUACAACUACUACAAAUACACACAUACAGCCAGAGUUCAGAGACAAACAGGUGAAUUUUGAGCUGGAGGAGAUGAUUUCUUCUGCAUGAGAGGAGGAGAAAGGAGGAGAAGGAUGCUGGGAAUACUUUUCCUUUUAUCCUGCUUUGUUUGUUGUUCUUACGGCUGUAAUUUGUAAGGAAUGAUUGAUAAGUGUGUUUUAACAGAUAUUCUUGAUUAAUAUUAUUUGAAUUUUCUAAGGUUUGAGGAGUUUUGUGUUGUUUUUUUUUCUUGUUUAAGUCGGGAUGAAGGGGGCCUUGUUUUCCCACUCUCCUCCAUACUGGAGCAUUGUUCAACAAACAAACAAUUGUUUUUUAACGUUAUAAGAUUUAGAUUUCCAUCCCCGUCUAUCAGCAGACUUAACGCACACACACAUCUGUUUUUUUCAUCUGCAAAACGCCCCACCUGGAUAUAACAGUCAUCAUUUCUUUAUGAAACACCUGGAUUUAAAAAUAUAAAUAUAUAUAUGUAGUUAUUUAUAUAUAUAUAUAUAUAUAUAUAUAUAUAAGUGUCUACGCAUCAGGACAGCAGCUGGUUUGUGAGAGAGAAAGGCUGAACAUGCGUUGUUGUUCAGCACGGUUUGUCGCCGUGCGGCCCGCCUGCUGCCGCCGGCGGCUGAGGUGGAGGUGGGCGGAGAAGGCGACGGGACAGUGAUGCCUUGCCAGCUUUCAAAACGGAUCUCCUUCUCUUCCUCAUCCUUCAUCCACUCCCUGCACUCUUCUUGAUCUCCUUCUUCUCCUGUUGUGUUUCUCCUCCAGACAGCUCCUCCUCUCUGUGCUGCUAAUCACCAUGACAACUGGUCUGGAUUGCUGCUAAAGAUCCAACACAGAUCAAUAAAGAAAUGAAAUAAAAACAAAUAGAAACAAGUGAAAAACUUUUUAACCCUUGUGCUUAA